ACGUUCCAGACGUCAUUAAUGCUUGCCAAAACACCAUAAAGUUGUGUAAAUGCCUGUUUGACCUUUCUUAUCAAGCCAGUGUAUCUAGCUAACGGUAAUGAACAUGUCUCUACUACGCGUAUGUGCUUCUACAUCGAUUCUUCGUGCGACCAAAGUGUUAUUCAUGGAGUCUGCUUUUACAGGAUGCUUGCGGACAGCAAGUGGAGCAGCUAAGGACAAGGAGCCACUGCGCAAGGCCAAAACCCCCCAGGGCCGCUUUGACAUGAAUGAUGAGAAGAUAAAGGAUCCCCUUGAAAAGUUCCCUGAUGAUGUGAACCCAGCCACUAAGGAGCAGGGGGGGCCCCGAGGCCCAGAACCCACGCGCUACGGGGACUGGGAGAGGAAGGGCCGCUGUGUCGACUUCUAGUUUCCAUUCCUAGUAUAUUACACGUGUGAUGUGGACAUAUCUUAUCUAUAACUUAUGCAUCCAUGUCUGAGGAUGGUUGUGCAAGAGACCAGGAUUAGUACACCAUACUGAAUCAGUCUGGACUAUUUCCCCAUGAACCAUUCAGUCUGAUUUGUAGUUUCACAUUUAAACACAUGUAGUCUGUAGAACAAGUCUCACUUACUUUUUAUGGUGCAAUACUCACUUUGCACACUAUUGUCUUUGUUGAGAUGUAUGAUGAUGAGACAUGACGACCCAGUGAACAAUAAAGGCUGCUGAGGGAGGAUGGCUCUUAAUGGAAUGACAACCCCCCCUUCCCCCAAAAAAGCUGUUUGAUUCCAUUUACUCCAUACUGAACUAUUUUAUGAGCCGUCCUCCCCUCAGCAGCCUCCACUGAUAGUGAACGAUUGUCAUGCAAGUUUAUUGCUUCCUGUACAGGGAUGUCAAUGUUGUGAAUAAAUGUAAUGUAAAAAAAAUCUGGAGAUUACUCUGGCAUGUUUUUACUUUUUGAUUAUUGCUCAUUAUAUUGAGUCAUCGACAAUGCCUCUGAUCUGGUCAGUAUUCCUACAUUAGCCCCUGUCUCUUUUCACUCUACUCUCGUUCUCUUUCCUGCCUCUUGGUUGUUUAUUGAGUCUAUGUGUACUGUACAAUGAAGGGAAGCGCUCCUGCUCAGCGACACUCAACAGGCAACCACCUGGCAUCCUGACCUGAGCGGCUCUUCUACGUCUUGUCUGACUGGCACACCCUUCCCCUGUAACAUGUACUGAACAAAAAUAUAAAUGCAAAAAUGUCAAAGGUUUGACUGAGUUACAGUUCAUUGAAGAAAAUCGGUCAAUUUAAAUCAUUGAAUUGUGCUGUGAUCAAUGGAUUUCACUUGACUGCACAGCAUUUGAGAGAAAUAAGCUUUUCGUGAGUAUGGAAAUGUUCUGGGAUCCAUAAUAAAUUGUCAACAUUAGGGGAUGAAGGGGAUUUUUACAAAGACAGAAUGUGAGUAUAUAAAUGUUGACUGCCCAACCACAUGUGUGACACCUGUCAUAUAGGCUCUACCCAAAAUUCACAAGAGCAUGACACCACCUUUACCAGGCUGGCCCAUUGCGAGUAGUAACGGUUCUCUGACAAUAUCUCUACAUUUUGUGAAACCCUAGGUGAUAUUUUAAAAUGGGUUUCGAUUGUGGGUGAGCGGCAAUAAUGUACCAGUGCUUCCUAACAACGUCAUUAAAUGCCUUCCCCAAUGGUGAGUGUUGGGUGAAGCAUGAUGGGACAUGUUCUGCUUUUUAUUUAACUUUUGGUUGAAGGCUUUCCAACUGUUGGUACUUCAAAAUUAUCAUUGGCAUGUUUUUCCCAAUUGUCUUUGUAUCCUCUUAAACUUUUGUGUGAGGUUCGUGGUCUGUUUCUGAUGAGAAGCAUCAAAGCUGCAUAUUCUUCUGAUGCGACUGAAUUGACUUUUAGGGAGACUUUUAAUAAGUGGACGUGGAUGAAAGCUGACACCUCUGAGGGUACUCCUGUCCGUAGGUUUCCAGUAGAGAGGGAAGUUUUGUCCUUAAUAACCAUCACAUCAAGAACAUUGAUUUGUGAUAGGUGAUAGUUAAUGGUGAAAUGAAGGUGUUCAUUCAACGUUUAGAUAAGCAUGGAAUUCCAAAAGUUCUUCCUGGUUGCCUGUAUAGAUCACAAAAAUGUUGAAUUGGGUGAAUAUUGGAGAGAAAAGAGUUGAGGUCUGGAUUCAGCCCCACCUGUUUUUCAAACAUUCCUAGAUAAGUUUGAAUA